GCCCCUGCCCGUGGAUGCAUCUCAAUCAUUCAAGGCCUGACAACCAAAAUCUCGUUGUCUUCUUUCCUUCACCAUCCUCAUGAAAAAGAGAUCAAAAUACCGCCUAUCCCCGUACACGGACACCACUAUUCGAUCUAUUAGAUAUUGUAGCAUCAUACUCCUUCAUAUAGCCCCUUGUUUGCGACCAUGAAGGAGUAUUUAGACUCUGACCGAGUCAAUUUCUUGAUUUGGAGAUAUUUAAUAGAAGGCAAUUAUCGAGAGACAGCCGUCAAGUUCCAAAAAGAGUGGCAGGUCAAGGAACCUCACCGACAGCUACCUUUCGCGCAACAUGUCAAAAGUCAUGCGCUAGUCAAUGUCAUAAACAAGGGUCUAUUGUAUAACUCGUUAGAAAGAGAGCAUGCACAAUCGCAACAGUUAUCCCGUGAUGCCACCGCGGCGGCAGUGGCCGAGGCGAUGCAACUAGGUAUUUUUGGUCCACUGCAACUUGCAGGUCCACCGCUUCACCAGCAGGAGAAACAGCAGCAAACGGAGGAAAUGGACCAGGAUGACGAGGCAGAAACAGAAACAGUAGCUGCAACAACAACUACGUCCGGUAUUGAUGCAGAAAACAACCGAAAGCGUCAAAUUGAAAGGCAAUCACAAACGGCGCUUCUGAAUGGCUCCCCAGCUAAGCGACCAAGACUGAGUAAUGGGUACGAAAAUGGGGUGGAUGCAGCCACAACUCCGAUGGAACUUGACGGGCAGAACGACGACAACCAUGCUUACCCUUCCCCCCAAGAGGGCGAGCAGGCGCCAACACCAACUCCCCGAACUGACGGACCCGACCAGGGCACACAGGUCGACAAAGUCCAGGAAUUGGCUACCGAAACCACAUUUAUCCCCCUAGGCUCUGGUCACGACGAUGCGCCAACAUCUUCACCUACCACAGCAUUGGCAAGAAUCAAUGGCGAGAACGCGCCUGUGCUACUGCAUUGUCAGUGGCAUCCCCGAGAUCCCACCAUCUUGGCGGCUGCUGGAACCGAUGCGCUAGCCCGCAUCUGGAACGUUUCUCGUGGAGCCACAACCGACCCUGCAUUCAAUGGUCACGUGAAUGGCGCCGUUCCAAGUUUCCACUCCCUAGUCGAAGACGAUAUCAAGUCUACGGCCACAAUUACUGCCAUGGCCUGGAAUUGGGACGGGUCUACUAUUGCUAUCGCUACAGACUCGGAUUCGAAAGCUCGAAUUGACCUCUGGACUUACGAAGGUGCUCAUCUACAACGUUUCGAGGUUGCCGAACCUCCCGUCUUUAAAUUGCGCUGGAAUCCUAAUAAUACAAUUAUCUUGGGCAUCGCACCAGAUAACGGCGGCGCUUUAAUAACUAUUUAUCAUGCCUUAUCGAAUAAUACACUGACAUAUUCCCUCCCACGACACGAUCUUGAUUCGGAGCCGCUUGAUGCUGCAUGGAUUAGCGAAUCCGAGUUUCUAAUAGGUGGUGGUGACUUAUUAAUGGCUUUACGGUGUGCUGAUGGGGAAAUUGCUGAAAUCCGAAAGUUCGACACUCGCGAAGGUGAUACCUUGACCCAAGUCCAAUUUGACUGGAAGACAUCGCUGGUAGCUACUUGUGGGGAGAAGGGUUUUAUCGACAUCUGGGACAGCAACGGUAAACGGCGUGAGAUAGAAGCUCACUACGAUGCGGUCACGGCGUUAGCUUGGCAGCCCUUGCAGCAGACGCCCCCGGAUGACGAGCGGCUCUUGGCUUCUGGUGGCGAAGACGGGGCUAUUUUUAUAUGGAACGCCCUGGCUCUUAACGGGAAAGCGAAAUGUUCCAUGACCAUGGAUUCGCCAAUCGUUUCGAUGGCGUUUACCCCCGAUGGUGCAUUUAUAGCUGUGGCUACGAUCGAGAAGAUUUUAAUCUGGAAGGUCGGUGACUGCAAUAUUCCCCGGGCAAGUUGGAGCCGAGCGCCCCAUCCUGGUUGGCUUAGCCCACGAAUGAACUCCGAGUCGGAGAAGGAGGAUGAACAUUGUUUAGAAUGGGAUGUAACAGGUCAUAAGCUUGCUUAUGGAGUCAACAGCCGGCUCGCUAUUAUCAACUUCCGAUGAUAGACUACAAUUAUACCUCUGUUACCUCCACUAGCAAACGCAUAGAAUCACGCUAUAUCCCAGUUAUCGGUGGGAUGAUAGCGACUAUCAUAACGUAUCAGGAUAUAUCUGUCGGCUCAAGGCCUCGACUGGUUGCUGAUAGCGAAAAGUCGCUACUGAAGGCAUACCAAUAUCAUACAGCAUUUUCGAGUGCAAUAACUAGCUCCCACGAAGCUAUGGAAUCUAUGAUCUAGUACCGCAGGGUCCAAAUACCACUGGUAACGAUUUGGGGAAAUCAAGGACAGCCGUUCUAGGUUGUGAAACGAAUCGUCGCGAUAGGUGUCAUGGAGCUACUACGGGGACUGUCAUUACUGAUUAUUAUGACAAAAACGAGGAGAAGACUCCUGGGUAUCGAAUCGGCAUGUCUGGCUAUCUUGGAGGCGGCGAGGCGUUAUUAUCAUAUAGCUAGGAGCAUUGGGGUGAGGCAUUUUUCCAGGGUAUACAUAAGCCAACGGAUUGUCCUUUUUUGUAUAAGCACUGCACCCGGCAUCCACAGCGAAUCCGUGUUAGCGUACGAACUGUGAGAGUCAUGUCAGAUAAUUCUAUUAUGUCGUUCAAACCUAGCCUAGGUCAGCUCUACGACUUCCAUCUCAACAAUGUGAAGG